ACUCAUUCAAACUUGGGAGCGUGGAUUAGGUAAUAUUCCGAAGUACUAUAGCCCUCUACCCAGACUCUGGCCUAGUCUACGAACGGGACCAUCAGGCCAGAGAGGGCGAAGGCCUCAGCCAGCCAAUCCACCACCGACCGAGUAACAAAUAAACUGACAGUUUGGACGCCAGACCACGGCCAUCAGGCCAGCCACUUCACACCCACAGCUCACACCCACCAUCUUGCCUGACUGGAACGGGUCCAGGCCUGCCGUCAUUCAUGCCCUCCACACACACACACACACACGUACGUACAUACAGUACACGGAGUAUGAGAGACUGAGGCAGAAAGACCGAAGAGCUGCUGCGUUUACAGUGAAUCACCCUUCGCUACGUCAGUCAGAGACUCGCAUUUUGCUGGGUUUGAUUCUGGCAUGAGUCAGACACGUGGAAGCCAAGCCCAAGUGCCGAAAUCACAGAAAAGAGCUCGAAGGACUCGAAGAAGCUCGAUGGAAGAAUAAACAGAGAACGCCCCUAAUCUAAUCGCACCCCAGCACGUCUUCCUGGACCUUUGUUGUAAAAGUCUUGUCUUGUCAGUCAAACGGUGAACCUAUUCGUACAUAACAGAGGAGUUGAAAUCCAGCCCUUCAAACGGACGUUACAUUACAUUGCAUCAUGUUGAUCACGGAAUUACGCAUUACCAUGCCCAUGACCAAAUUCGAAUAUCAAGUGGGCAUGUUGCACGGCGUGGUAGAAGCCUCUAGGAAUGAAACGGGGGGCGGGGAGGGCGUGGAAGUCCGGCUCAAUGAGCCCUUUCAAGCCCAUCCGUUGCUGGGGAACGAUUUCGCGGAAGGACAAUACACCAAGAAGAUCUACCAUCUAGAAAGCAAAGUGCCGGCUUUUGUACGCAUGAUUGCACCCAAAGGCGCCAUGAAACUUGAAGAGGAGGCCUGGAACGCCCAUCCCAAUUAUUGCCGAACGGUGAUCACCAAUCCCGGCUACAUGAAGGACAAAUUCAAGCUCAAGAUUGAAACGUUUUGCGUGGACAACGACCGGGGAGACUCGGAGAACGUCCAUCAAUUGAGCGCGGAGAUGUUGGCCAAAAGGAAAGUGGUCAAAGUGGACAUUGGCAAUGAUCCCUUACCCGAUGACGAGACCGACGACCCCUCUCAAUUCAAAUCUGAGAAGUCCGGUCGAGGACCCCUCAAGGGCCCCUGGCAGAGUCAAAGUGAGCCCGUCAUGACCGUUUACAAAUUGGUGACCAUCGAGUUCGUGUGGUUUGGUUUCCAAAGCAUGGUGGAGAGCUCCAUGAACUCUUACGAGAUCGCCUUGUUCAGAAAGUUUCACCGGCAAAUAUUCUGUGCCAUAGACAAUUGGUUCGGUAUGAGCAUGGCAGAUAUUCGAGCAUUGGAAGAGCGGGCCAAAUUGGAACUGGAGGAACAGAUCAAACAAGGCGAGGUUCGAGGCACCAAGGGAUAGUUCCAAUAAUGCUCUGAAAUGCGUUGACGUCGUGAUAUCGCCCAGCAUUUUUCAAUACUCGCCUCUGCCCAACCGAUGUGGGCCAAAGAGCCUCAGUCUCUGGCCCAUCCCGGUCCCUAGACUUCAAUUGUGAUCAAAUAUUAUCGGCUCCACAUCGACCACCGUCGAAAUGAGGCCCUAUGCAUGUUAGGAAAUUGAGAUUUUGGGACACUUUUGUAUGUUGUUUCUCCAGCUAGCCAACGGAUGUUUAGCCAUAAAUUUUUCUGCAACAACGAA